GGUGAGAGAAGUUUGCUGACUAAGAUGGCGACUGAGGCGCAGGGUGAAGGGGAGGUGCCAGCCAGUGAUUCCCGCCCGAGUGAUGCCAUCUGCAAUUUUGUUAUCUGCAAUGACUCUUCCCUUCGAGGGCAGCCCAUUAUCUUCAAUCCUGACUUUUUUGUGGAGAAACUCCGACAUGAGAAACCUGAGGUGUUCACCGAGUUGGUGGUCAGCAAUAUCACAAGGCUCAUUGACCUACCUGGAACUGAGCUGGCUCAGCUGAUGGGGGAAGUGGACCUUAAAUUGCCUGGUGGGGCCGGCCCAGCGUCAGGAUUCUUCCGGUCUCUAAUGUCUCUCAAGCGAAAGGAAAAAGGAGUGGUAUUUGGAUCCCCAUUGACGGAGGAAGGCAUUGCCCAGAUAUACCAACUAAUUGAGUAUCUACACAAAAACUUGAGAGUAGAGGGUUUGUUUAGAGUUCCAGGGAAUAGUGUCCGACAGCAGAUUUUAAGAGAUGCUCUCAAUAAUGGAACUGAUAUUGACUUGGAAUCAGGGGAGUUUCAUUCAAAUGACGUUGCUACCUUGCUGAAGAUGUUUCUGGGAGAGCUACCUGAGCCCCUGCUGACUCAUAAACAUUUCCAUGCACACCUCAAAAUUGCUGAUUUGAUGCAGUUUGAUGAUAAAGGAAACAAGACCAAUGUUCCAGAUAAGGAGCGGCAAAUUGAGGCUCUCCAGUUGCUCUUCCUCAUUCUCCCUCCACCCAAUCGUAACUUGCUGAAGUUACUGCUUGAUCUCCUGUACCAGACAGCAAAGAAACAAGACAAGAAUAAGAUGUCUGCCUAUAACCUUGCCCUUAUGUUUGCACCCCAUGUCCUGUGGCCGAAAAAUGUCACUGCAAAUGACCUUCAAGAAAAUAUCACAAAGUUAAACAAUGGGAUGGCUUUUAUGAUCAAACACUCUCAGAAACUUUUUAAGGCUCCUGUUUAUAUUCGGGAAUGUGCCAGAUUGCACUAUUUGGGCUCCAGAACUCAAGCAUCAAAGGAUGAUCUUGAUCUGAUAGCUUCAUGUCCUACUAAGUCCUUCCAAUUGACAAAAUCUCAGAAACGGAAUUGGGUAGAUUCUUGCUCUCACCAGGAGGAGACCCAGCAGCGUACGGAAGAGGCAUUGAGAGAGUUGUUCCAACAUGUUCACAAUAUGCCAGAGUCAGCAAAGAAGAAACAACUUAUUAGACAGUUUAAUAAACAGUCUGUGACCCAGACGCCAGGGCGAGAAUCUUCUACUCCUCAGGUACAGAAAAGAGCCCGUUCACGUUCCUUCAGUGGCCUUAUUAAGCGGAAGGUCCUGGGAAAUCAGAUGAUGUCAGAAAAGAAAAACAAGUAUCCUACUCCGGAAUCUGUAGCCAUUGGUGAAAUGAAGAGAGCCAGCAAAGAAAAUAUGAACUUAUUAUUUUCUGGCUCUCCAGCUGUCACGAUGACACCAACAAGAUUGAAGUGGCCUGAGGGGAAGAAAGAAGGGAAAAAAGGAUUCCUCUGAAGGAUCCAGAGUGCUCCUGUUGUCCACCCGGAAUUUCCUCUUUAGUGGGCCAGACGUCAUUACUGCUCACAGAGAAGCUUGGACUUGCAGCUUGCUGUGUUUAGCAUCGUGAAAGUCAACUAAUCCUGUGACCUGACUGAUACCUCUAACCGCACUCACUGGAUAAUGUCUGCAGACUCUGUCUACUGACUGGGUGCUGGCAUCUCUCUUUCUCUUGUCUUUGAAAGCAUUUUGGGGAAACCACUAAGCAGUCAGCCUGCUCACACAGCGCAGUAAAUGGGCAGAACCAGCUGGGCUCCAGUGCUCAUUCCAUGAAUUUGUUUUAGCAGAUAUUAUUUUUAAAAAUCUGAAAGUUCUCUCAACUACCAGUUUUUUUUUUGUUUUUUUUGUUUUUUUUUUUUUUAAAGUGCUGUCAGUCCUGGUGGAUGGAUAUUAUUUUUAACUGAUACUUGGGGCUUUUCUCUGUUUUGAUAGUACAGGUAUUAUUUUGGUUAUUUCUUGUUAAUUUGCUGUUUGUUUUUUUAAAGCCAUUUUUUGGAUAGGUCUUCUAAAUUAUGCCUAAGACAGAUACCUUUCCCUUGUUUUUUCACCAUAAGCUUUGGGAAAGCUCUUAAUCUCAUGAGGCCGUAUUCCUCAAUACCGUUUGUCCAAAGAACUUCGAGCUUUCCUGGAAUUACAAAAAUAAUUUCUUGGACCUGAGGGUAUAGGAUAUUUGACCUGCGUUAUUGAAAAAGGAGAAUUCAGAAUGAUACCAUAUUUUAACAAAUGUCAGUUAUUAAACUUUGUCUCUUCUCCCUUCCUUCCCUCUCUUCCCCUUUCUUCCGUGGUGCCAAAGUGAUUGUGCGGUUGCCAAACUCGUCGCCUUUCAUUCAGCCUCCCCUCGCCUAAAACAUCUCUGGUGCCAAUAUUCUGUGCCAGAUCCCUGUGACUCAAGGGAAGUCACUGACGGCUCGAUAGAGAUUUGCUGAAAUAUCUGAAUGUACUGGAAACUCUGGAGUGUGACUAGGAUGGGACCAGCUGGUUUUGUGUCCAGGGUGACUGCUGGUGGGUGGGAUUAUAUUGCAUCCUUCUAAGGGAUCAGGUGUGCAGGUCAGACUGUCCGCUGAGGGCAAGCUGGAGUCCCGGGAGGAAGGGCGCGUCACUCUGCAGGGCUGAGAGGAUUUGAAAGAGCACAUUCUCCUUUAGAAGCGGUUGUGGCUGAUCACCAGUGUUGGAGGGGGGUUGCAGCACCGCCCCUCUCCUUGUCAAGGUGGGCAAAGGGUAGUUUGGAGGUGGGGCUGGGGCUUUGACGGGGUUGAGGAUGUUCAUGUGUGUUAGAGGUAAGCAGCAGCGUGGCUUUGAUCUGUUGUAAAAACUCACUGCCUGGGGGCGUGUGGCCAGAGGCGGGAGCGUUUGAGUGGGCCUGCUCUGUGGAGCAGUUGAGCUGCCCUCACCCUGUGCCAGAGCCCAGUCAGGCUCCUGGGGAGCGGCUGCCCUGCAAAGUGGGACUUGUUAUCUUUGAACUCUUGAAAAAGCUGCAUUUCUGCUGAAAUGGGAGGAUGAUGCUGGCAGAGCACGGUUUGGUUUUGUGUCCAGCUGUCAGUCCUCUCUUCCGUACUUGUCUCACUGGCUACUCCAACAAUAGUGAAGAGAAGUGUAAGAUUUGACCUUCCAGCCCGAUGGAUUGUGAACAACAGAUGGUGAGGAGUAUAAGGCCCUUUCUCAGAGCAUUUAUAUGUCUUUCUUAAAAAUACUUGUUAGCAAAUUUAUUUGUGUAGGUUUCCAGUUAGCUUUUCCUUAUUAAGAAAAUAAGCACCUGCUACGAGUGAAUGCAGACAGAGACUGCUUUUGAUAGGACCAGACUGAAAUAGUGUUCUCCCUAACCCAAAGCUUCCUUUCUUUACUAAGUGGUUCCUCCCAGAAUGGCGUGGCAUCAGGUGGAGAGUGCAGAGCAGUGACCUGAUACCUUCCUGUCACCAGCUUUGUCCUGGGCUUCUAUCUGAGGAGGCAGCUAAGACUUAGGAGACUUUCACUGGUUGAAUGGGUUGGUACCCCAGGGAAGUGUGCCGGGCCUAGAGUGGUGGGAGAGGUGCUUGCCACGCACACAUGAUUUUGUGUAGCUCGCCCCCUUGGGCACUUUGUGUGUGAAUUUGGGCAUGUGUGUUUCAUUUAAGUUAUUUAUUAAAUAUACUUUCCCUUGCUUAAAGGGUGUGAUAGGUCAUUUUUUAAGUUGAAGCUGUGAUCCAGUUGGAAUCCAAAUUUGAGAAAUAAACAGUAUAACUUUCUGCCUUGCAAUAUGUAAGUGUUCCUAUCCUGUGGAAUCUUACAGAGAACUAACUACAAGACAAAAGCCCUUUAUCAUUUGCCACAGCAGGGUACUGUCUCCCUUUUGACUUGGUGGGUGGGUAUUUUUGAGCCAGUAUUUAACAGUUUUUUUAAUCUAUAAGUUUUUUUUUUUAAUCUGAUCUGUUUGUUUUUCAUGUUGGAACAGUCUCUUUGGAAAUCCCUCCUUUUAUGGCUUUUAACAUUUCAUUUCUUUCUGCGGUUGUGAUGGUUCUGAUGGGGUGUCAGCACAGGGCAGUGUUUUUGUGCCAGCGGGCGUAAAUGUGAAGACAAGAGCACCACCUCGAUUCAGAUCACCGGGAAAACCAUAGACACUGGAGUUUCUAACCUUUUAGUGUGAUAGACUUUUGCCCUGGGACCAGGGAAUCUGGUUUGAAAAACUCCAGUGUCACAGUGAAAGGUUAGAAGAUACUGAUUAUACCUUUUUGUAUCUGAGUGCCAGAACAUGCUCAAGGAGCUGGUACUUAACAAAUUGUAACAAACAAACCGCAGCCGCUCCUUCCCCAACUCAUCACCCUAAAUGUCCUUCUCAGGAGCACUUUGGGAAAUGGAGUAGUACAGGGCAGUUGACUCUGGUGACUGCUGGGUGAUCCAGAGGUGGCCAUUUUCUUGGGUUGUAAGGAAGCCAGCAAAUCCCUUCUCUCCGCCUGGACAGUGGUGGUUUUGUGUAGCUUCCCUCCCAGGAGCCUCUGGACACAGAGAACCUGUGGUCCUUGCACCUGUGCCCUGCAGUGACCAGCCAUGUGGCCCAUGCAUAGCCAGGGAAGCCAUCUUUGGCAACAGACUUCUCUAGACUCUUCGCUGCUUCCUUGCAUUGUACAGGGCCUCACACAAAUGCUGGAAGGUCUUUUCUAAACAGAACUCCUUUUCCCAGGGAGAUCCUCAUCCCUGUCCCCUCCACCCUGAAGCUUUUGUACUGAAGACAGGACCUUGAUCUAAACCUGGGUGUUGGCAUUUGGCAAGAUUGCUGUAGAAUUUGGGGAAAAUUUGGGUCCCUAAAAUGGACAAGCUUUUCAAAUCAGUGGUAAUUAACCCAAUCUAAAACUCCCCACGGAAAAGCUAGUUUUCCCAGGCAGCCAGUGCCAACCGACAUCUUUCCACUCAUGGAGAGUCAGUGGAGGGGCUAGUGAGGAGGUGAGUACAUAAUAGCCUGAGUGCUUGGGUUGCCAUGGAAACUAAAGUAUGCGAGGCCACAGCCAGGGGUGCUGAAGAGCCAUUGAGCACUCCCCCAGACUUGGAGACUGGCAGAGCCUGUUGGGAAAAACACUCCCGCCCUAGGGCCUUUCGUAGCAGGGGUCGCCCUUGGCUCUCCCUGAGCUUGCUCAGCAAGCGAAACAAGGUUUCUUAACUAUUUCACCAUUUUUUGUCUUUCAUUCUUAUUUGACUAUAUAUCAUAUAUAUAUAUGUAACUGUAAAGAAACAAUCCUAUGCAUUGUCUUUGUUAUUCAUGUAAUACUCUGAAAUUAAAUUUCUUUUGUUUCAUAUCCAUA